GGACCUGCUGACAUGGCCACACUUUUAAAACCCAGAGAAAGCGAAAAUGCUUCAACAGCCUUCCCACAACAAAACAAAGAGAAAUAGCCGCCGGCGAUUGCGAAACGCUGCUCGCUGCGCGACUGGUUUCGCUGAAAAAAUUAAAUUAAAUUAAAUACAAACUAAAGAAGAAAGAAGCUUUUUAAACCCUCUCCCGCCACGUAUCCCCAAGCUCUCUCUCCCUCUCUCUCUCUAUUUGAUCCCCAACCCUCGGGCUCCGCAUCAUUUCUCCGGCGACCAAUCGGCACGGCAUUGACGCGACUUUCCAAGCGAUAGCCAGUCAGCUACUCUCUUCGUUAUCGGGCCAUGGCCGAAACGGCGCCGUUAUCGAUUGUUACGCAGCCGAGCAAGUUAUGGAAGGGGGUUUUCGCCGUGGCCGGAAUCAUGACCACGCUCGUCACCUACGGCGUUCUCCAGGAAAAGAUCAUGAGAGUCCCGUACGGGGACGACAAGGCGUUUUUCAGGUACUCGUUGUUUCUCGUCUUCUGCAAUCGCAUUGCGACGUCGGCGAUCUCCGCCGGAGCCUUGUUGGCGAGCAAGAAGGCUUUGGAUCCCGUUGCUCCGGUCUACAAGUACUCCCUUGUAUCGGUUUCUAACAUAUUAACCACUACAUGUCAGUAUGAGGCUCUCAAAUAUGUCAGCUUUCCUAUUCAAACACUUGCAAAAUGUGCCAAGAUGAUACCUGUGAUGGUUUGGGGCACUAUCAUUAUGCAAAAGAAAUACAAGGGACAGGACUAUUUGUUGGCAUUUCUAGUGACAGUGGGCUGUUCAAUAUUUAUUUUAUAUCCGGCAGGAUCUUCCGAGAUUGGUCCAUCUGAUAUAUAUGGUAGAGGAAGAGAAAAUACUGUUUGGGGCAUUUCCCUUAUGAUUGGUUAUCUUGGGUUUGAUGGCUUUACAAGCACGUUCCAAGAUAAACUAUUUAAAGGCUAUGAUAUGGAGAUACACAAUCAAAUAUUUUACACUGCAUUCUGUUCUUGUGUUCUCAGCUUGACAGGUCUUAUAUUACAAGGACAGUUGCUUCCAGCAAUCCACUUUGUUUCUAUCCACAAUGAUUGUUUCUUUGACAUUGCAUUGCUUUCCACUGUAGCAACAGCUAGCCAAUUUUUCAUUUCUUACACGAUUCGCACAUUUGGUGCUCUCACAUUUGCCACUAUAAUGACCACAAGACAGUUGGUCAGCAUUAUGCUAUCAUGCUUGUGGUUUUCACACCCCCUUAGCAGGGAACAAUGGAUUGGAGCUGUCGUUGUCUUUGGUACCCUCUAUGCAAAAAGCUUCCUGAGAAGUGCACCAAAGCCUUCACCUUCCCAACAAAUGCAGAAUGGAGCUUCUCUUCCAGUGAAGGGGAACCCUUGAUAGUGUUUGGGUUACCGGUUGCCAUAAUAUGUUGGACUAGGUACUGCCUCUAACUUUGACCAAUGUGCAGCUUUGGUUUUGCAAGUGUAGAGCUGCAACGUACGAACAAGCCUUCGAUGUGGUGAAAUUGAUCUAAGUAUAGACUUUAGACCACACACAUGCAUACGGAUUCUAGAAGCAAGAAGUCUCAUUGGAGACCUACGACUUAUAGAGAUGAUCAAUCAUAGACUAACUAAAGGAGCAAGGAAGUUUUUUUUCUUAUAUACUUUUUGGAAUACACUACUCGAAAAUGUAUAAUGCAACUGCGCAAGCAACAUUUUGUUCGAGAAUAGAAAUAGAAGAAAAAAAAAAAGUUUUUCCCUUUGAAGGAAUUUUCUUUUCCUAUUUGAGAUCCGUUCUGUUCACCCUGUAUUUUCGAAUCCAAUCAGGUCUCUUAGAAUAUUUGGUUUUCUAGUUCGUUAGGGAUGAUGUAUUUUUGACAUUAAGUGAUUUUGAUUCUUGUUUACUUCUUA